AUGGCGAACGCACCAGGAGCACCAGCAGCACCGGCGAGGGUGCCGACCCCUCUCCUGCAGAAAAUGAAAGUUCCAGCGAAGGCGGCCACGACUACCGAGCCCGCGAGUCCAGCAGCAACGACGACUCCGACUACGACGGCGACAGGCAAUCAUGGUACAGCAAAGGCGCAGCAGCCCCGACGAGCCGCAGCAACAUCUCGCACCGCGCCGGCCGCCACCGACCCGCUUUCGGAGCGAGCAACGACGCUCUUGAUCCGACGUACGCUCUGCCCACAGCAGCAGCAGCAGCAGCAGCAGCAUCAACAACUGCCGCACCACAACCCGAAGCAGCCGCUGCCUCCGAUCGAGUCGGUGCUGCCGCCGCUGACGAGCCGGAACGACGUCGACCUGCAGCUGUAUGCCAUCAUCGCCAUCGUGCUCCGCGAGUUCGUCCAGAACUGGUACGCCAAGAUCACUCCCGACGAGGAUUUUGUGGCCGAGAUUCUGCUCGUCAUUGCACACAUCACGCGGGCGCUGGAGCAGAGGAUCAGGAAGGUUGAUCUGGAGAGCUUGUUGUUUGAUGAGCUGCCAGAAUUACUGGAUAGGCACGUUACAGCGUAUCGGGCGGCCCAUCAGCCAAUAGUGCAGCCUCCCCUCCAGGCCAACCCUCGGGAGAUUUACCAUUCGCUGUGGCCGACGCCCGCACUGUCUCCAACGCCUAGCCAGGAUGGGACCGAGUCCGAGGAGCGCUUGGCUGAGAACGAGGCCGCAUAUCGUCACCUAUUGGUUCAGGGGGUUCUCGCGGUCCUUUUGCCCACCGAGGACCUCGAGAAUCCGUGUCUGACGGCGCUGGUUGGCCAGAUCAUCUCGGAGCUAAUUAUUGGAGGCGUGGUCGCAAAGAAGGCGUCGGAACCGUGGAUGUUGCUCCUCUCCCAAGCUAUCGCCCGCCAUGUGCUGGACCCCAGCCAGUUCCCCACUAUCCUGCGCACCCUCCGCGGCGUACUGUUCCCCAACAACGCCAUGGGCAAGUCUUCUUUGAUACCGCCGGCCAACGACGAAGAGCUGCGUCUUCUGAGGCUCCGCUGCGCCGCUUCGCUGUAUGCUCUCAUCCCAAGGCCGUUAGCCAAGCUCUAUUUUGGCAAAAGUGGAAAAUCGAAUGUUGGCGGCGGCGUCGACAGCAGCCGACCCCCUACGCGGUCCGUACCGGCAGCCAAGUCCUCCUCACCGCCCCAGAAGACCAGUUCUUCAAUAGAUGACCCUCGUGACCGUCCCGCGGGCGCUACGAUCCCUGCUUGUGCAUCAGCAUCGGAAUCGAAAGCAGCAGAGGCCAACCGGGCUGCAGCCCCCACAGGCUACGGUCCACCUCUCGGUCACUCAGACGUCGAGGAUGAGCGCGCAGUGGCCGAGCUCGAUGCGGAUUUGUUGGAUGUCUUUUCUGACGCAUAUUGCAACAAGCAUCUGAUGUACGGCAUCGUCGAGUUGAUCCUCGUGCGUCUCCUGCCUGAACUGGGGGAAAGGGGCGUCGUCGAGCUAUUGGGCGAGCGGUUGAGCUAA